AUGGGCUGGCCAGUGUGCAAUUCGACCUCGGAAGAUGAAACCAGUAGGCAACCCCCCCCUCUGCGCCUUGUUGAUUGCGACUCGGUCACGGAGGUUGACCUCUGGGAUGGCGGCAUCACCUUCCACCAACUCUGCCUGAUCAUGGGCGGGGCUUUUGGUCUCAUGGCUAUACUUGUUUCCUUCUACCUGAUUGGAAUGCACGCUACACAUUACAGCAAAAAGAUAGAGCAACGGCAUAUCAUUCGAAUCCUGCUUAUGGUCCCCGUUUAUUCCGUCGUCGCAUGGCUCGGUACCUACUUCUACAAGAACGAUGUCUACUAUGAUUUGAUCGGCAACUGUUAUGAAGCGUUUGCGAUUUCGGCUUUCUUCUCUCUUAUGUGCGCAUACAUUGCGCCCGACUUGCAUAGCCAGAAAGAAUACUUCCGUGGAGUCGAACCCAAACCGUGGGUCUGGCCGAUCCCGUGGCUUCAGAAGUGUACGGGUGGAGAGAAGGGCAUUUGGAGGACACCGCGCAGUGGUUUAACAUGGUUCAACGUUAUCUGGGUGGGCGUUUUUCAAUACUGCCUCCUCCGGGUCUUGAUGACUAUCAUCGCGGUCGUCACGCAAAAGUUUAACCUGUACUGCGAGGAAUCCCUCAACCCGGCGUUUUCGCAUAUCUGGGUUCUCCUCAUUGAAUGUAUUGCAGUCUCCAUCGCCAUGUACUGUCUGAUCCAGUUCUACAUUCAGAUCAAAGACGACAUCAGCCAGUAUCAGCCAUUCUUGAAGAUUUUGUCAAUCAAGUUGGUCAUUUUCCUGUCCUUCUGGCAAUCGACUUUGAUCUCCUUCCUCACCUCAGCCGGAGCGAUCAAAACCACCUCUAAAAUACAGAGUCCCGAUCUCAAAGUUGGACUGCCGAACCUACUCAUCAAUAUUGAGAUGGCCUUCUUUGCCGUCCUUCACCUGUGGGCAUUUUCCUGGAAACAGUAUUCGCUCAAGAACCAGCCGUCCGAGAUCACCGACUUCUACGGCAACGGCAAAGGCAGCUAUGAGGGCGGUCCCUUCGGCGUUAAAGGCAUACUCGACGCCUUGAACCCAAUGGACCUCAUCAGAGCGAUUGGUCGCAGUUUCCGCUGGCUCUUCGUCGGCCGGAAGAGACGCACGAUGGAUCCCAGCUACCACCAAACUGCAAAUGACGCCUUCAACAUGAACGCUACCGAGAGCGGUAUCGAUUCCCACGGCACCGAAUACGGCGGCGCAGGCGUAAUGAUGGCCGGUGGACGCUACAGUCCCCCCGGCGAAGAAGGACAGGUCCUCCUGUCGCACGCCCAGCCAAGCCCCGGUGGUCCCCCGCCUCCGAUCGACGACGAAACGGACCCGAACCGCUUCUACAAUCAUAACCGACUCAGCGCAGCCUCCCUCCUGGAGCCAACAGCCACGCAUACUGCCCGGCCGUACUCCCCUUACGAGGAGGACGCAUGCAACCCCUACCUCGUGAACUCCCACCUGGAACAAGACCACUACCACGAGCCCGUCCACGCCAAUCCACCUUAUCCAGACCACCCCACCACAACGCUGCAAGAACAGCCUCCCAUUCCUCUCCCGGAAUCCUACCAACCCCCUCCCCCGAACUACGACAGUGACCACCAGCAACAACAACAACGAAGGUAA